AUGGCCGCUGUGGCUGCUGCUUUCUGCUCGGGGCAGUCGCUGGCGCUGGAGCUGAUCCGCACCAAGCAGCGCAAGGAGAGCCGCUUCCAGCUCUUCAUGCAGGAGGCCGAGAGCAACCCGCAAAGCCGGCGGCUGCAGCUGAAGGAUCUGAUCGUGUCCGAGAUGCAGCGGCUCACCAAGUACCCGCUGCUGCUGCACAACAUCAGCAAGUGCACCGAGGCUGGCUCAGAGGAGCAGCAGAAGCUGUGCCGUGCCCGGGAGCAGUGCCGGGACAUCCUGCGCUUCGUCAACGACGCCGUGCGCGGCGCCGAGAACCGGCAGCGGCUGCAGGAGCUGCAGCGGCGCCUGGACACGGCGGCGCUGGAGAGAACCAGCAACCCCCUGGCUGCCGAGUUCCGGAACCUGGACCUGACCACGCACCGGAUGAUCCACGAGGGGCCCCUGACCUGGAGAGUGGGCAAGGACAAGAGCGUGGACAAACGGGCCCUGUUCAUCAUCUGCACCUCGGAGCUGGGACCCCAAAUCUACGAGCUGGUGGCACUGACGUCCUCGGAGAAGAACACGUGA